AUGCGCAAAGCUGACUCCAAGGAAGUCCCUGGAGAGUCGAUGUCCGGCCUUAGAGACCUUGGCCUGGGCGAGUUCGUGACCAAUGAUGGCCACCUCAGCGCCGUGCCCCGGACGUCCUCCCCGCCGGCUCCGGCAUGGUCGUAUUGGUCCUAG